UCCUGUUGUGUGUGUUUUUUUUCCCUCCUCCUCGGAGAAAAUGGCUGCUUUCUCAUCCUAACCUCUGCCAGAAGGAUUCAGUGUUCCGAAGAUCUGGAGCGGUCCCUGGACAGCGCUUCCUCGCCGGUCAUGGACAUCGCUGCGUAGCCUGUGCUCCGCCAUCACGAGCAUGUUGACGCUGUCAGACGGAGGAAAUGUGUGCCACCCGACUUUAACCCUUUCUACGCCAACAUCUGCAGACAAAUGAGAAGACGAUGAAUCAGGUGACCAGCAGCAGUAGCAGUGACUUCUGUAUGAGUGGACUGGCCGUGGACUGCCAUGCGGCCAGCCAUUUCGACGUGUGCAGCACCCAGUCAGGCAAGUUCUACCCCACAGCAGCCCACUCCGGCCUGCACUUGUCCCUGGCUGGCUUAGCCCCCUUGCCUCAGGGGAUGCACAAGGUCAUGGCGUGUCAAAUGCAGGAGAACCAGAACAGUUUUGAGCCCGAGGCUGUGAUGGUUCGGGUGGGUGAUCCUCUGGAGGCCGAUGGCCCUAAGAAGAAAAAAGGUACGCCCAAGUCUGGCCGACGGGGGAGGCCUUCGGGAACCACCAAGCUGGCAGGGUAUCGCACAAGUACCGGACGCCCACCUGGAACGACAAAGGCCGCCGGCUUCAAAACCAGUCCUGGGAGGCCACUCGGUACGACCAAAGCAGCCGGGUACAAGGUCAGCCCUGGACGGCCGCCGGGCAGCAUCAAGAGUCUGGCGCGGCUGAAAAAGUUGGAGUUUGCUUGUGACAGUGCAAAGAAACUAGACUUCAGUGGCUGUAGUGAACCCAAGAAACUAGACUUCACAAGCUGCGACGCCCCAGCCUUUCCCUUUCUGCUGAUGGACAAGAGAGACGCGUGUGAGUCUGGUGAAAAAGAGGAGGAACCCGGGAAAUGAUCUGCGGCACCGCCCUCUGAGCUCAUGCGGUGGAGAGUAUGCCUAGACCAUUCAUCUUAAACGUUUUAUUUGAUAAAGACUGGCUUCAUUUUUACACGAUCGCAUGAUCCCGUCGGACAGAGAAGCAUGUACUUGAUUAAAUCAGUCGAGGAACUUUUUAUCAGUUUGUACUUUAAAUACUUGCACCUUUAGCACUUGUUUUUGUAUCGUGACAUACAGUGCAUCAAUUAUUUAUUCUAACCAGUUGAUAAGAUCAGCUUUUUUUUCUUUGUUCAUAAACAUGUAGGUGUGUUUUUGUUGUCUGCAGCAAUGUAACUCACUUAAAAUGUCAUGCAGCAUUGUUUCUACAUGAUCGAAAAGUAAUUGUUCCAAACACCGUAACUGUUAUUUCUUCACUGUUAUGUAACGUGAAAACCCUUGUUAAAGUCAUCUGUAUGUGGCUGUGCUGUCCUGGAGUAGGAACAAAUAACGCUUUUCAGACAAUUAUUACUGUGCUGUAAUAAAAAAACAAACUGAAUAAAACGUUUUUCAAAUA